AUGAGGGAAAUAGUUACCAAGAUAGUCAAAAAGUCAGGACGGUUACCACUAGCUAUUCUCACAAUAGGAGGCAUGCUUGCCACUAGAGAGGUUAGUGAAUGGCAAAGUAUUUACAACCAAAUCCCCUUAGAGCUAGAGAGCAACCGAAGUCUUGAAGCAAUGAGGAGGAUGGUUACCCUAAGUUACAACCACUUGCCUUCUCACCUGAAGUCAUGUUUUCUAUAUUUAAGCAUAUUUCCUGAGGAUUUUGAAAUCCAAAGGAGGCGUGUGGUAGAAAGAUGGAUAGCCGAGGGGUUUGUUAUCGUCAGGGAUGGGCUAAGUGCUGAGGAGGUUGGAAAUAGUUACUUUGAUGAUCUAGUCAACCGAAGCAUGAUUCAGCCAUCAAGAGCGAACAUAGAAGGGGUUGUAAAGAGCUGCCGAGUCCAUGAUAUCGUUCGCGAUGUCAUGAUAGCAAUUUCUAGGGAUGAGAAUUUUGUGUACGUGGCAGGGAAUAAUUUGAGUAGUGUUGUAAAUAAGACCUUCCGCCAUGUAGCAUACCAUGGUAUCAUGUGCCAAAAUAUUGGCAUGGAUUGGAGCCACGUCCGGUCACUAACUGCGUUUGGUGAGAGAUCAUUGGGGCCAUCACCAUUAGUUUGUUCACCUGACAUGCGAAUGCUCCGGGCCUUGGAUCUAGAGAAUGCACAGUUUCAAGUCACACAAAAGGAUAUCAGCAACAUAGGAUUGUUUCGCAACCUGAAGUAUCUGAAUUUUUCUUACCCAUAUUCACAUAUUUAUAAACUUCCUAGAUCUAUAGGGAGAUUACAAGGCUUGCGCACUUUGAACAUUAGAGACAGUUAUAUAACAGAAUUGCCAAUUGAGAUUUGUAAACUCAAGAGUCUGCACAGUCUCCGUUGUAUCAGAAAUACUUCCUAUGAAAGGUUUAAGCUAGAUAACCCCAAGGGAUGCUUGGUGGCCAUAUCUUAUUUCCCCAUGCACUUCACAGCUUUGUUUCAUCCCAGUGAGCGCGCUGAGGUAGUUGCUGAGCUACACAUGGCAUGGUGUAGCCGUUGGUCAGAGUCAGAAGGUGUGAGGGUGCCAAAAGGAAUCGGCAAACUGAAAGAGCUGCCAAUACUAGAGGUUGUGGACAUCAGCCGAACUAGUUGCAAAGCAAUUAAAGAGCUAGGAGAGCUUGUGCAGCUGAGAAAACUGAGCGUGGUAACAGAAGGGGCCAGCAAGCAAAAAUGCAAGGUACUCCGUGAUGCCAUUCAGAAGCUCACUUGCCUCCGCUCCCUUUCAGUGGGUGGUUCACUCGAGUGGCUGCAUGUUGUUUCAUCUCCUCCUCCCCUGUUGACGAGCCUGAAGUUGGAUGGACGCCUUGGAGAGAUUCCUGGCUGGGUUGGCAAUCUGACGCAUUUGGUGAAGCUUUACUUAUACGGAAGUGUAAUAGAGGAAGAAGGUAAAAUCAUGGAAAUACUAGGGCCACUUCCCAACCUCAUGCAGCUUCAUCUUGGAGAUGGCUCUUAUAUUGGGGAGAAGUUGGCGUUCAAAACGGGAGCAUUCCCAAAUCUCAAGAAGCUUGGUACUUUUAAUCUGUGGGGACUGAGAGAGUUGAAAUUUGAGGAUGGCACCUCACCCCAGCUGGCAAUGGUAGAUAUCAGUUGGUGCGAAUUGGCAUCAGGAAUUAUUGGAGUCAACCAGCUUCCAAAGCUCAAGGAGAUCUCACUUGGUUACCAUGGUCGAGUGGCGAAGCUUGCUAUGCUGCAAAGUGAAGUGGACGCGCACCCCAACAGUCCCGUGCUGCGACUGUUCAAGGAACGGAGCCACCACGACCUGGGGGACGUCGUCGUCCAAGCAGAAGAAGCAACGGAGGAAUCAUCAUCUCUCCAUCCCGAGCCUGCAGCAGUGGGAGAGAGCUCAGAAUCGGUGGUGACCACAAACGUCAGCCAAGAGGAUCUGCUUUACACUUACAAUUCGUGCUGA